UGGGUACAGGCGCUGGCCUCCUUGCAUAUUUCUUAACAAAAGAUUCCCCCGAUCAAUCAUCUGGUGGACCCUACAAAAGAGUGGCCGUUGUUACAGAUACACCGCGGUGCUCCGUGAUCGGGAAAAAUAUCCUAAACGCGAACGGGUCCGCAGUGGAUGCUGCCAUCACUGCCAUGUUCUGUUUGGGUGUGGUCAGCAUGCACUCAUCAGGGAUAGGAGGUGGGGGAGUGAUGUUGGUGUAUAAUCAAACAUCAAAGCAGGUCAAAGUCAUCGACUUCAGAGAAACUGCCCCAGCUACAGCCCACAAGAACAUGUUUAAGGGCAACGAAAGUAAAGCCAGGAAAGGUGGUCUGGCUAUCGCUGUUCCCGGUGAAGUGCGCGGUAUGCACAAGGCUUGGAAACGACAUGGACGGUUACCAUGGAAACAACUUGUUCAACCCGCCAUUGAUUUGGCCAGAAAGGGAUUUAAAGUAACUCAAGCUGUGGAAGAUGCACUGAAAACGACAAAAGGAAUCAAAGAUGAUAUUGAAAACGACCCGGGAUUGAGUGAGCUGCUCCUUACUAAAAACAAAAAGCUGGUUAAAAAAGGCGAUGUUAUUAAGAACGUACAGUACGCAGAGACUUUGGAAACAGUGCGUGACAAUCCUGACUCCUUUUACAAUGGAACACUCGCUAGUAAAAUAUUGCGUGACAUUAAGGAAGUCAAUGGGAACUUGACUGAAGAGGAUUUAAGGAGUUAUACGUGGAUUUUAAGAGACCCAUACCAGAGUAACAUCCGGGACAUGAAAAUGUACCUGACCCCACCACCCACAAGUGGCGCUGUGCUGGCACUGAUCUUAAACAUUUUAAGAGGGUAUAACAUGACAUCGUCAGCUCGCGAUGACGUGAACGCCACCGUGCUGACGUAUCAUCGAAUCAUUGAAUCCUUCAAGUUCAGUUAUGCGUGGCGCAGUCGGCUUGGAGAUCCCAAGUUUGACCAGACGAUAUCAAAGGUAGGUGGCAUUUCUUCCAUGUGUCCCACCAUUUUAACCGAUAACGACGGAAAAGUUCGGUUUAUUAUCGGUGCCUCUGGCGGGAAAAGGAUAACCACAGCUGUAUCACUGGUCUUAAUGAACAAACUCUGGUUUGGAGAUGACUUGUCUAAAGCAGUAGACGAACCACGACUGCACUCACAACUGGUGCCUGAUCAGACAGUAUUUUAUGAAAAACAUAAGCCCUACCGCGUUCAAGAGAGCGUAAUUGAAGGCUUAAGAGAACGAGGUCACAUCGUCAACGGAAGUGAUUUGUUCGCCGUGGUGCAGGCGAUUUAUAAGGAACCAGGAGCAAGAAUAUUCGCCAAGGCUGACCCGAGAAAGCAUGGGGCGCCCGCGGGUGAAUAGAAAUUUUGUUCUGAGACACUCGUCAGUUUUGUUGACUAACCUUGACUCGUUCGGCUUUAAAACGCCAUAUUUCUUGGUAACGCAUAUUCUUCAGGUGUUCUCAUAACACAGUCAUUCUUAAUGCGAAAAAGCAAAAAAGCAUAACCACUUAGGUUAGUAUUCUACAAGAAAAGAAUCCCAAAGUGUAUAACUUAGAUUAAUUUUAAAAGUAAUAAUAUAAGACUCAAACAAAACUACAUGGGGUAGACUUUUAA